CUGAAACUCAAUAAGAAAGUAGUGUGGUCAGUGUUCACUUUUAUGUCCCAACUUCCUUUUUUUUUUUUUCAAGUAACACUGAAACGGGAAACACUUUCAUACCAAUGUUAAGAUCUAAUACACGUUGGCAAAGCUCGACAAAGCCCUACAACCUCCGCUGGGUGCCUCUCACAAUGAAGCUGCCGUGCCUGAUUGAUCUUAGUCUCAUAUUGAUCCUGGCUGCUAGUUCAAAAGGUCAAAGCUGGAACGUAAUUGUCGAUAGGACCAUUACUGCAGUACUGGGUUCAAAUGUGACCAUACUGUGUAAGUUUACCGUUCCGACCGAACACAAAGCGGAACAUGUUAUAGUUUACUGGAAAAAGCCUCCGAGAAGCAGCAUUCAAUUCUUUGACUACGGAGACCACAAUGCAUUCGUUUUUCACCCGAAUGACACACUUGUGCUUAAGAAAUACAGAGGACGGACCCAGCUGAUUGGAAAUAAAGACGAAGGAAACUGCUCCCUGAUGAUCUUAAACAUCACGGAGAAUGAACCAAAUAUCUAUGUGAGGGUUAUCACAAAGGGGGUCCCCUUUAGCUUCAUAGGGAAGUCUGUCUCCAUUUCUGUGCCUGGUUCACAUGUUGCAUCAGUCAGUCGUACGCAAGAUAUUAUGACAGAGUCAUCACCCACCUUUGAAGCAACAACAACAAACGUAGAUUUCCCCACAGUGGGUACGACCCAGGCCAUUUCAGCACAAAUAAUGUAUAUGGCCAUCUUCGUACCAGUUGCCGCACUUCUGAUCACUAUUUUUGUCGCUGGAAUUGUGUUUUGGAAUUGCAAAAAACACAAAAGGACACAAUCUUUGACCCAGCAGGAAUCUGGAUAUUAUGCAAAUUUUAGCCGAGCAUCAACAAACCAAGCCAAAAGAGAAGCAUCUUAUGAAAAACAAGAGAACAACAAACUUUCUGAAGUGAAGGCCAUUGAUGAACCCAUCUACAUCAACACGGAGGCCCCUCCAGGUCAGAUGGAUCACAGUAUGGAUCACACAGAAAAUGUAUAUGGAAACGUGGAUUAUUCAAAAUAGUAGAAAAGCUGCAUCUCACAAAUCUGUCAUUUUAAUUGCUAUUUCUGUAUUCUGCAUUGUUUUGCCUACAAAACCAUGUCUAUGUGCAAACAUGGUUUUCAGUGGAAAAUUAUUUUUAUUCCUUUUUUCCAAACAUAGCAUAACAAA